GUCACGUGACAGCUGACUGAACCCACUCUUUUGCGGAGCAGUUACCUGAAACUGCUACAACAUGAUAAGAGUCGUCUGAACAUGAUAAAGAAACGGUCUCUACUGACGUGUGACUCAGAUGUAUAAAGCUACCCUGAAAGCGACCUGAGAGCGCUGAAUCAUUUAAAGCGAUGUUCUUAGGGAGCUAAACGGACUUUAGACAUCUUUUCUUUAACAACCAACUCAUGUUGGACAUAGCACUAGCAUCUGCAUCAUAAGAGGAGGUGCGCAAGCUUCCCGAACACAAACACCACUGACACUGUGUUCAGCAUGAGGACCCGACAGAGGGGGUCCCAAAUGGGCCUGAUGCUGCUGGCCGGCCAGCUCUUCCAUUUGGGACUGGACAACAUCCCCCCCGUCACCCUGGUUGUGCUGGGACUCAACGUGUAUCUGUUCCUGUUCCCUGCAGUGCCUCUCAUGCAGGCAUGUGUGAGCGUGUACCAGGCCUACUGGCUGAUGGACUGGCGCCGCCUGCUGCUGUCCCCGCUGCACCACGUGGAUGAUUGGCACCUCUACUUCAACAUGGCCUCCUUCCUCUGGAAAGGGAUCCACCUGGAGCGGCGGCUGGGGGGCCCGUGGUUCCUCUACUUGCUGUGCGUAUUCUCUCUCCUCACCGGGGGGCUGUACCUGGUGCUGGAGUUUGUGCUGACAGAGCUGACCCAGGACCAGUCCUACAGCAUGGCCUGCGCCGUUGGCUUCUCAGGGGUCCUGUUUGCUCUGAAGGUGCUCAGUAACCAUUACCACCCUGGAGGUGCGACCUAUGUGAUGGGCUUCCCGGUGUCUAACCGCUAUGUAAGCUGGGUGGAGCUGGUGCUGAUCCACAUGACAUCACCUGGCACCUCUCUGAUUGGUCACCUGGCCGGGAUCCUGGUGGGUCUGCUCUACACGGUGGGACCUCUGAAGGAGAUCAUGAAGAUAUGUGCAGGGCUCGUUACAUUGAGUAGAUAUAACUCCCGGCACAGCACAUACUUCAACUCUUCCGGCUCUACAGGCUACAGAAGCUCUGGUGGAGGAUACUCCGGAUACCGUCAGUACACUCCUCCACACUACAGCCCUCAGAUUAACCCUCCCACAGAUGAUUAUAACAGCGGACUGACCGAGGACGAGCAGUUACAGGCGGCCGUCAUGAACAGCCUGAACGACAUGGGACAAAGCAGCCAGAGAGGAGAUCCUCUUCCCUACGACUUCCACCUCUCCGAGGAGGCGAGGAGAGCGGAGGAGAUCAGGUUGAGGAGACUGAGAAGGUUUGACAGCUAAAAAGGAAGAAGGAAGUGAAAGUGACAAGAGAAGAGGAAGAGUUUCCCCUGAAUCUCCAUGCACACAGACUGACACCUUCAGCAGCUCUUUGACAGUGAGCUGUUCCUACCUAAGCUACGCUAAGCUACUUUAAGGACUGAAUAUGCUUAUGAGCAGGUAAGGCUGGGCAUGUCUGGUGAUGAACACCUCUUUUGUGGAAUUAGGAGGACAUCAUAUCAAAUACUUUACAUUUUCUUCUUUUUUUUCUUAGUUUUAAGAAAGACAAAACAAAGUGAAUAGGAUCCCAUUUCAAUUGACUAUCUGGACAGUCAGAUCCACCGAGAACCAAAGACACACGACAUUCAGAACAUAUUAUUCCAUAAAAUCUGACUCUUUAUAAGAGCUUACUAUGUCCCAGUUCCUGUUGUGACAUCUUGUAAUGGAAUCCAAAAGGAAUUGGCUUUGCAAUGUAUUGUUUAUAAACCUUGAAUGCCGUAAAGUUGUUUUCAAUUUAAGAUCUGCCAAAUAUUCACUUUAUUGGUGAAAUCAGAUAUAGUAAGCACUUCUUUUUCUUCCUCCAUCUUUUUCUUCCAACCAUAUGUAUCUUAAACGUAUAUUGAAUGUUUGUCAAUCUUGACUUAUGUAGUAUUUUUUUACCAGAUCCUGUGUACUCACUGUUCUCACAAAUGGAGUAUGGAAUAAAUAACAUGUUCUAAUGUGGA